AUGCAAUCGAGCAACACUUCAGUCUAUGCAGUUGGGGAUGUUGCCGCUUUUCCAGUAAAAAUGUUUGCUGAAACACGCAGACUUGAGCAUGUAGAUUCUGCGAGGAAGUCAGCAAGGCAUGCUGUUGCUGCUAUCAUGGAGCCAGAAAAGACGGGUGAAUUCGACUACCUGCCAUUCUUCUACUCCCGCGUCUUCACAUUGUCUUGGCAGUUUUAUGGAGACAACGCAGGGGAAGUAAUUCAUUUUGGGGAUUUCUCGGGAAAGACUUUUGGGGCUUAUUGGAUUAAUAAGGGUCAUCUUGUUGGUUCUUUUCUGGAGGGUGGAACCAAAGAGCAGUACGAAGCUAUAGCCAAGGCCACGAGGCUUAAACCGGCAAUUGAAGACCUGGGUGAGCUUGAGAGGUAG